AUGCGCUCCGCGAUCCACAUCCAGACCGGCCUGUGUGGAGCGCUGCUGGGCUGCACGCUGCUCGCGCUCCCGCUGAUGGGGUACACCUUCGCCACGAGCAAGUGUGAGUCGUCGUUCCGCGCAGCCAGCCAGCCCGCUCACGCCGGCCUCGCAGCCGACUACGACAGGAUAACCCAGCCUACAGUGUACACGUACACCCAGACGAUCGCCGCGCAGGGGUGGAACAGCGGCGGCGCGCCGGUGCGGACGACGACCAUCACGCGGACGGGCGCGCCGACGCGCCGGGACGUCGUGCCGACAAUAGCAACAAUACAGGCGCCGCCAGAGCCCACUGCCCCGCCAGAACCCGUGCCGUACAAGCGCCAGUGGGCGGCCGAGCCACACCCGCCAUUGUCAGACGCGAGCGUCGGUGCCGCUGUGGGACUGGCGUGGCUCGCGCCCUUGGCGGUAUACCUGAUAUCCUUCCUCGUCGUCCGCGCCCGAUGCCCCGCCUCCGCCUUCGUCACCGUCCUCGCCGACCUGUGCUUCCUCGGCGUCUUCUGGCUGCUCGGCGUCGUCGCGCUCGCCGUGGCCACGACGUUCGUCGUGCUCUGGUAUGCCGAGGAGGGCCGGUCGCUGCGAGCAGUUAUUAGCGUUGCGCUGGCGCUCGCGUGGCUCUGUUGGGGCUUGAUCACGACCUGGUUGAUCUGGGAGUUUACACAUGUGCGCCGCCGCUUCCGGGGCGGGUUCCGCCGAAGCCUUGUGUUACUCGCCGAGUGGGGCUACGACGUGCCGAGCCGGCAUCGCGACAGCGAGCUGAGCGACAUGGGUGUGCGGAAGAUCUCUCUGGACAAUUAG